CACUACGUUUAUAAUCUGAUUAACAUUAACAGCACAAAUGUAUCGGCUCUAACUCGGGUUCGGGCUGUUUGUGUGUGUGUGUGUGUGUAUUUGUGUUUCCUUGCGGUUAACCUGAAUUUCUCGCUAAUUCGCUGGUAGAGAGUGACGUCACGCCAGGGGCCACUUCCUGGGGAGUUGUACAGGUGGAACUGAGACACACCUCAGCGGGGACUCGAACAGCUGCAGCGCUGCUCGGAACUGUUUAACGCUGUGAUCCCGAGUGGGCCGCAGACGGAGCGAACCGGAACCGGACUCUGUGGAGGAAGAGCGCGCGCUUCUGACCAGUUGGAUUUUCUUUUCCUCGCGCGCGCCGUGUUCCGGUACUGAUUGGUGAAAGCGCGCGCGCGCGUUGGCGUGUGUAAAGAGGGCGCGCGCAGACCGGAUGCUUGUGAGUAUAGAUCGCUGUAGGAUGUUGUUGUUGCGCGUGGCCGUGUGCUGCAGUGGCGUGUUGGCGCUGCUGACCCGCGCUGGGGCUCAGAACUGCAUCACCCCGAGGGAAGGCCACAGUGACUUCAUGCUGAACACGAAGGACAGCGUGGCAGCAGGAGCCACCUACAUCUCCAACCCCAGCGCGGGCACGCCGGAGGCCUGUCUGAGCGCCUGCUGCCAGCACGCGCGGUGCAACCUGGCCAUGGUGCAACCGGAAGGGGACAAACUCACAAACUGCUUCCUGUUCAACUGUCUGUACAGAAAUCAGUUCGUCUGCAGCUUCGUCAAGAAAUCCGGAUUCAUCGUUUACAUGCAGAACUCGGUUUAUAAGAAGCACCUGAGCGGUCCGGAGGGAAAGAAAGAUAAACAUCCAAUAGCAAACCCAGGAGCUGACAUCGUGGUCCAACCUGGAGAAAGCGUGUAUCUGAAUGGCAUUGAGAGCUGGGAUGACAGAAAGAUCAUCAAAUACGAGUGGACGCUUCUGAGUGGCGAUCCUUCUGUUGUGAUUCAGCAAACAGCGUUUUUAGAUCAGCGGCUGCUGUUAAACCUUCACCCUGCAGUUUAUCGUUUUCAGCUCCGUGUCACUGAUUCAGCUGGACAGUCAGACACUGCAUCCGUCACCGUACUGGUCCUCACACAAGAACAAGCAGAAAAUCUCUGUUUGACCCCGAUGAAGGUGGGUCCGUGUCGUGGCUCUUUCCCUCGCUGGCACUUUAACGCUGCAUCAGGUGUGUGUGAGAAGUUCAUGUUUGGAGGAUGUAAACCAAACGACAACAACUACGUGUCGCAGCAGGAGUGUUCAGAGGCCUGUAACGGCACCAAAGUGAUUCCUGAAGGGAGAAAACUUCAAAUUGAAGUGUGUAACUCUUCGUGUGGGGAGGAGCAGUUUACGUGCUCCAACCUUUGUUGUGUAGACGGCAGUUUGGAGUGCGAUGGGGACAAACACUGUAGUGAUGGAUCAGAUGAAGAAAACUGCCAACGCAUGAACAGGACAUUGGCUCAGUUACUGGAGAUCGAUGUGGAAGAAAAGAACGCGUGGUGUGUUGUUCCUCCUGCCACUGGGCCGUGCAGAGCGAGCAUGCCACAUUGGUUUUAUGAUCCGUUAAAGCAGAGCUGCUUUUCCUUCACGUACGGUGGCUGCAGUGGAAACAAAAACCGGUUUCAGAAGAAGGAAGUGUGCAUGAAGAGCUGCUCAGGAGUGACAGAAAGUGAUGUGCUUGCACUAGGGCCAUACGAGAGGUUUAACAGUCAGAAACCUACCACAGGAAGAGGAAGUUGGAGUCUCGUCAGAGUGUUCCAGCUGCAGCGACUCCCCCAGUACCACAAACUGAGGACUCACACACACUCAUCGAAAGACACACACAGAUUUAGGGUGUGUCAAACACUUGUUUGUUUGUUUUGUGUGUGUGUGUGUGUGUGUGUGUGUGUGUGUAUUUGCAGUGUGUGGUGUUAUUCUGUUUUGUUUACAUUUGUGUGUGUGUGCACGCGCAAACGCGCACGCACACACGGAAACACCCACGCCUUGUUUUUAUGAUCAUUGUAUAUUUACCUUUUUUGGAAGUUGUGUAAAUAAUGUUAAACUCUGCUUUUACUGAUGGAGGAUUUUAUUCCUGUGGUGUUUCUUAGGUCAGUCAAGGUGUUUUUAUUUUCCUUCCUUUUGGUUUCUGAGAUUACAGACAGAUGUAUUUUAUAAAACUAUUAUUUUAGGUUUCUUUUGAAAUGUUUCAAUAAAGGGAAGUUCACAAGUAGAAAUAACACAAAUUAUACUAUACAUAAUUAUAAAAUAAUGAAAAUGGGGCAUGCUCUAGGAAAAAAAAUGGAGUAAAAUUGAACUUGCACAAAACAUCGGUGGAGUUUUAAUUGGAUGGGAUUGAGCUUGAGGGACAGCGCUGUGUUUGCAUGAUGGGGUUGGAUUUUGUGGUAUAAGGAUUGGUGUAAUGGACACGGUAGGUUCAUGGGGAGGGGUUGGGUUUGAGUGACGGGGUGGAUUUCAGGGAGGGGUUGGGUUUAACAGAAUGGGUUAGAAUGAGGUGGGUUUGGCGGAUGGGGUUUUGUUGAAGGGCUGGGGUUCCUGGGACGGAGUGUGUUUGACAGAUGGGAGGGAUGAGUUCAAGGGAUGGGGGCAGAUUUGAGAGAUGAGGGUGGGUAAGCAAGACGGUUUCAGCUUUGACAGGUGAAGUUGGAUUUGAGUCCCAGUGGUUUUGAGGACCUGUGUCAGAUGAAGGUCAUUUGAUCUUUCCAUAUUAAUGCUAUAAAAUAAAUCAAAUAUCUGACAGUUUCACUGAAAAAGAUGGAAAUAAUGUUAAUAAUAGGGUAAAAUUACACCUUUUAUAAAUCCUUACUUUUCCAGUAAACUCCAGCAGCUCGUUCACUGUCUCACCUGCACGAGUCCUGUUUCUCAUCACAGCAGCUGCUUUCCAAUACAAAUGGAAUAAACCAAAGAAUGCAUUCAUUAAAAAAACUUUUCAGUGCAAUAACUUGUGCCUACACUUAAACAGUUUUUCUUUUCCUAGAACAAUCCUUUUAUUUUAGAGCAAAAGAUAGUUGUCAAAUGAUGGAAUGUUAAAUAUUAAGAAUAAAAGGUCAUUACAUACUCUCACAAAA